GAAUCCCUUCAAGAUACACGCUCGUGUCCAACUAACGUUAGAUUUAAGUAAAAAAGUGAAUUUUUAGAAGCGAACUAUGAAAGUAUCAUAAAAAUAAAUAAGUUUUUAUUAGAUUUUUUUUAAAUAGUGAUUUAUAAUAAAUAAAUUAAAAUACGAAAUAAUGCCGGUAAAUUACGGUGCAACUGAUGAAAAUGAAAAUGGAAUACACAGUGAACUGAGACCGGAUUCUGAAUUUGAUGUAAAUAUAAGCAUCAACAGUCCUCGACGAAGAUGGUGGAGGAUAAAUCAGAACCUCCUGUUUGGAUUGGGACACGUAUACAACGAUCUAUGUGCAGCCAUGUGGUUCUCUUACAUGAUGCUCUUCUUCCAAGCUGUGCUGGAGAUGAGAGCAGUCGUUGCUGGCGGAAUGUUACUUUUAGGGCAAGUUGUUGAUGCUUUGGCGACACCAAUCGUUGGAGUGCUUGCGGACAAAUAUAGCACCAAAAAGAUCUGGCAUUUGACAGGUUCAGCACUUGUCACCUGUACAUUUCCCCUACUGUUUGUACGCUGUUGGGGAUGCUGGAUGAGGAACAACCCAGAAUAUUUGUCGCUGUGGAUGCCGUUUUACUACGCUGUUCUCAUAACAAUAUUCCAAAUCGGCUGGGCUGUGGUUCAGAUCUCCCACUUGGCAAUGAUACCAACCAUCACUGACAGCUUGCAGAUACGGUCCGAGUUGACAUCUAUACGUUACAUGGCUUCCGUGAUAUCCAGUUUGAUGGUCUACUUCAUAACAUGGAUUGUACUGAGAGCAACAAAGUAUAGUAAUUACAUUGGACCUACCGACGACUAUAAAUUCAUGAACGUUUCACUGAUCAUAUCAGGCAUUGGAAUUAUAUCAAUCACUCUGUUCCAUGUGCUUUUUAAACUUAGAUUGAGGACUGAACAAAAUGGGAUAAAAACGAAACUUAGCCCGGAGUCGGACACGGAAACCGGUGAGGGUAUCCUGAAGGAAACAAAGUCCAAAAUAAUGCAUUUUCUAAGAAUGCCACUGCUAUAUCAAACAAGUUUAUUAUACGUGUUCUCUCGACUCUACUGGGCUCUCAGUCUAGUGUACGUGCCCUUGUUCCUAGAAGAGCGACUAUCUGUGAAUCCUACGGAAGGAUCCGAAUUAGUUGCAAGUGUGCCGCUGAUCCUGUAUAUCUCCUCCUUGUUGUUCUCAUUCCUGUUAAAGAGCAACAUCAGCAAAAUUGGCAAUCAGAUAGCAUAUUUAAUUGGAAGUGUAUUCAGCCUUGUAAGCUGUCUAUGGAUAGCACUGACUAUCGAUCCUGAAGCUAGCGUCGUUCAGAUAUACAUGGUAGCUGCAUUAAUUGGCGCUGGUAGUUCCAUAACACUCGUGUCUAGUCUGUGUGUGACAGCAGACCUGAUAGGCCCACAUUCACACCAAGGAGCUUCUAUCUAUUCCAUUGUCACAUUUGCUGAUAAAUUAGUCACUGGCAUAGCUGUUGUUGCAAUUGAAAAUUACAAAUGUGAUGACGCCUUGGAUUGUCCUCAGUACUACAGAGGUGUUUUGACGUACGCAUGUGGAGGCAGUGCUGUUUUAGGAAUUUUAUCUUUAUCACUGACAACAAUAGGAACAAAUAAAAAGACUUAAAUGUAACAA